AUGCCCGUUUCUUGUUCCGCCCAUGCCUGUACUAAUCGAAGGCAACGUGAUGGCAAUAUCCAUUUUUUUUCAUUUCCUUUAAAAAAUGCUGAAAGAAACCAACUUUGGAUAAACGCUGUAGGGCGUAAAGGAUUUAUUCCAACAAAAAACAGUGCUAUUUGCAGCAGUCAUUAUGUAGCAUCCGAUUUCAAAAUAAAUCCAGGAGGCAAUUACCGUUUACAUUUAAAUGAUACUGCUGUACCAUCUGUUUUCUCUGUCAUUGCUGGUGUGGUAGGUGCACAAAAACCACAGUACGAAAUCUGGGGCAAUACCGUGAACGUUGCGUCUCGGAUGGACAGUUGCGGGAUUAUGGGCAGAAUUCAGGUCACUGAAGAUACGGCUAAAAUCCUGAUGGCAGCUGGUUAUGAUUGUGAAUGUCGGGGCCCAACAUACGUUAAAAGAAAAGGCACAUUGACAACGUAUUUUGUAAGAACACAAUACGACCAGAAAUCGAAAUAA